AUGGGUUCGAUAGCACUGCCGCGUCUCUACAUUCUGGACACGGAUCUGUCCAAGUUCCCCAACCAAGACAAUGGCCGCAUCAUGUCAUGCAACACGGACGGCAGCGACCUGCGCACCGUGGUGGGCAACAUGCGCACCAUGCCCGACGGCAUCGCCAUUGACCACAGGCACGGCCACAUGUACUGGACCAACAUGGGCCCGACCUUCAAGUCCAACGACGGCUCCAUUGAGCGCGCCAACCUCGACGGCUCGGGCCGCCAGACUAUUGUGCCCACGGGCACCGUCGGCGUCUACACCCCAAAACAAAUCACCCUGGCAGCCAAGUCGCGGAAGCUGUACUGGUGCGACCGCGAGGGCAUGAAGGUGAUGCGGUGCAACCUCGACGGCACAGACGUCGAGGUGCUGCUGUCGACGGGCUCGACCGACGAGGACCGCAAGGACAUGCUGAAGUGGUGCGUCGGCAUCGCCGUCGACGAGGCCCGGGGCUACUUUUACUGGACGCAAAAGGGCCCCUCCAAGGGCGGCCAGGGCCGCAUCUUCCGCGCCCGCGUCGACGACCCUUCGGCCAUCGAGGUCGUCUUUGAAAAGCUGCCCGAGUGCAUUGACCUCGAGUACGACGAGGACGCCGAGACCUUGUACUGGACCGACCGCGGCGACCCGCCCUCGGGAAACUCGUUGAACCGCGCGCACAUUGGAUCCGACUCGCUCCAGGGUGCCAAGCGCGAGAUCCUCGCUACCCGCCUGCACGAGACGAUUGGCCUGGCGCUUGACCGGAGGACGCAGAGGGCCUACGUGACCGACUUGGCAGGAGGUGUUUACUCGGUAGACCUCAAGACCAAGACCAAGACGGUCUUGUUCCCCGAGCUGGGUGAUACUACCGGUAUUGCAUGUUACCAGCACUAG